UUUUCGUUUCUUAAAAAAAGUUGUAAUUUAGUGAGAGAAAAAAUAAGGAAAAUGAUGUUGUACGAACAUAGCGAGAAAUUGAUGAAACAGCUUGACUCCGGUGUGAAAUGAUGUUGCACGAAAUCCGAAAAGAGUAGUACUACUACACUGUAAUGAAUUAAACAAUCUAGCGUUAAUGAUUUUAUUAUAUUCUUCAAUCACUUCAUUCACAUAAUUUGAAAUUUGGAUUUCAAAUCGGCAAUCCUUUCUCAGUCCUAACCUCUCAAUCUCCCGAUCUGUUCCAAAUACGUUGCUGCUAUUUCCAUGGAUCGUGUUCUCAAAGCGGCGAGAGCAUCCGGUUCUCUCAACCUCUCUAACCGUUCUCUCAGUGAAGUUCCCGAUGAGGUUUAUCGGAAUCUGGAAGGGGUCGGUGGUACUGAUGAUAAGUGGUGGGAGGCUGCAGAGCUUCAGAAACUCAUCUUGGCUCACAAUAGUAUUGAAUUGUUAAAGGAAGAUAUCAGAAAUUUACCUUUUCUUACUGUGUUGAAUCUUAGUCACAAUAGCCUUUCUCAGCUUCCUGCCGCUAUAGGAGAGCUACCUCAGUUGAAGAUGUUGGAUGUUUCGUAUAAUUCGUUACUGAGAAUACCGGAGGCGAUUGGAUCAGCUGCUUCGCUUGUGAAGUUCGAUUGUUCAAAUAAUCAGCUCACAGAACUUACUAGCUCACUAGGAAGAUGCUUGGAGUUGUCGGACUUAAAGGGAUCAAACAAUCUUAUUGCAAGCUUGCCAGAAGAUUUGGCAAAUUGUUCCAAAUUGUCUAAGCUAGACAUGGAGGGAAACAAGCUUACAGAGAUAUCUGAAAAUAUCAUUUCAUCAUGGACAAGGCUUACUGAAUUAAAUGCAUCAAAAAAUAUGCUGAAUGGCAUACCCGUCGGCAUUGGAGGCCUUUCACGUUUAAUUCGUCUUGAUCUCCAUCAGAACAGAAUCUCAUCAAUCCCUUCAUCAAUCAUUGGUUGUCAUUCACUUGCAGAGUUUUAUUUGGGGAAUAACAAUAUUUCUACAAUACCAGUGGAGAUAGGGGAACUUUCUCGGCUCGGGACAUUAGAUCUUCACUCUAACCAGCUGAAGGAGUAUCCUGUGGAGGCAUGCAAAUUGAGUCUGUUAGUCUUGAAUCUUUCAAAUAACUCAUUGAGUGGGUUACCUCCUGAAAUGGGCAAGAUGACUAGCUUGAGGAAACUUCUGCUUAGUGGAAACCCAUUGCGUACUCUUCGAAGCUCAUUAGUCACUGGACCUACACCAGCAUUAUUGAAAUUUCUUCGGAGUAGACUUUCUGAAGGUGAAGAUUCUGAAGCUAUAACCACAUCAAAAAAGGACAUAAUUGCAAUGGCUACCCGACUAUCUAUCACUUCAAAGGAACUUUCUAUGGGAGGGCUGGGGUUGAGUGCUAUUCCAUCAGAAGUAUGGGAAUCAGAGGAGGUCAUAAAACUUGAUCUUUCCAGAAACUCAAUCCAGGAGUUGCCAGUUGAACUCUCUUCUUGUGUUUCCCUACAGACAUUGAUUUUAUCAAAAAAUCAAAUUAAAGACUGGCCAGGUUCAAUUCUUAAAUCACUUUCAAGUCUUUCAUGUUUGAAGCUGGACAACAAUCCCCUCAGACAGAUACCUUCAUAUGGUUUUGAAGUGGUUCCUAAGCUUCAGAUCCUGGAUCUAAGUGGAAAUGCAGCUUCAUUAGUAGACGGUCCUGCAUUUUCUAGUCUACCAAACCUGCAAGAGCUUUACCUGAGAAAAAUGCGUCUCACUGAAAUUCCGUCAGAUAUAUUGGGGUUGCAUCAACUGCGGAUCCUCGACUUGAGUCAGAAUUCUCUUCAAUCAGUUCCAGAGGGGUUAAAAAAUAUCACUUCUCUUGUGGAGCUUGAUCUAUCUGAUAACAACAUCUCAUCCCUUCCACCUGAGCUGGGUUUGCUGGAACCAAGCCUUCAGGCAUUGAGACUUGAUGGGAACCCACUUAGAAGCAUUCGGAGAACUGUCUUGGAUAAAGGAACUAAAGCUGUUCUGAAAUAUUUGAAGGACAAAUUGCCAGAGCAAUAGAUUACUAUUUAUACUGGACAUGAACAACAAAAUUCGAAGUGUUAAAUACCUUUUUAGGAAGAGUGCUUUUCCACAAGUGUCUGUGUGCUUCAUGUUAUUUUAUUCUUUCCCGCAUGUGGUGCCUAUGCUUUUAAUUUUAUGAGUGCUAUCUUAUGCUUGACCUUGUGUUUUUUGGUGCCUAAAUAUGCAUGACUUGAUUAUUAUGUAUAUACAAGGGGAUGAAGGGUGUUGGUUAAUGUUAUUUAUUUAAUGACAUCAAUUUUUAACUCAAAUCGUUCAUGACCUAA